CAACUGAACUUGAGAGAAACAUGGCGGCCUCCAUCAGGGCACUAAGAUUUUUCUCCGACUCUACGCGAAAUAUUAAUAAAGUUUCACGGUGUCGAAUCAAACAUUUAUGCUGUCGUGCUGGGAUCACAGGGUGUCGAGGAUAUAGCGAUAGCACAGAGGGCAGAAGUACGCACUUUGGAUUCCAGACAGUCCCAGAGGAGGAGAAAGCAGAGAAAGUGUAUAAGGUGUUUGAAAGUGUGGCCGAGAAGUAUGACGUGAUGAAUGACGCCAUGAGUUUGGGAAUCCACAGACUGUGGAAAGACACACUGCUCCACAUUAUGAACCCUCAGCCGGGGCUACGGCUACUGGACACGGCUGGUGGCACAGGUGACAUCUCUUUCCGCUUCCUGGAGUACACACACUCGAUGUAUGAUCGUCAGCAGCGGCUGAGAGCAAAAUCCCGUCAGACACCAUCAUGGCAGGACAUCGCUGAACAUUAUAUGUCCGACGAUGCAGGGCCUCCACAGUCACGGGCCGUGGUGUGUGACAUCAAUAAAGAAAUGCUCAAAGUUGGAAAACAAAAGGCUGAGACAGCAGGAAUCACUACAGGUCUGUCAUGGGUCGCAGGCGAUGCAGAAGAGCUCCCGUUCGAUGACGAUCAGUUUGACAUAUACACUAUUGCCUUCGGCAUCAGAAAUGUCACCCACAUAGAGCAAGCUCUACAAGAGGCUUUGCGCGUCCUUAAGCCAGGUGGACGCUUCAUGUGUCUAGAAUUCAGCAAAGUGACCAACCCUCUUCUCGCAAGGCUGUAUGAUACAUAUAGUUUUCAGAUGAUCCCUGUGUUGGGUGAAGUGAUCGCUGGAGACUGGAAAUCAUAUCAAUAUUUGGUGGAAAGCAUCCGAAAGUUCCCAGACCAGGAAACAUUCAAGGAAAUGAUUGAGGAUGCUGGCUUCUUGUGUGUCCAGUAUUUUAACCUGACAGGAGGAAUCGUUGCCAUUCAUUCAGGAUUCAAGCUCUGAGUGACUGUCUACCACAUACACAUGAGUAUAGCUUUUCUCCAAAUGAACUCUGACAAGAAAGAGUGCAGUUCUACAAACAAUGGGAUGACAGUAAAAUCAGAACACUUGUGCAACAGGCACUGGCUCUUAAGAAACUCAGCAUGAAAAGUCCUUUGUUCAUGGAUUUAUGCUGUUGGUAUAUUGAAACACAUUUCACCCUUUGAAGUGAAAAUGGAAGAGAUUAAAAUGUUCUUUAAAGUGUUGUGGGUUUGAGUGAUAUGUUUGCCUGAGAUAUUGAAAAUGUUAAAGCUGAUGGAAUGUGAGCACUAGUAUUUUUAUUUGUACAAGCUGGACAAUGCGUUUGGUUUUUGGUCAUUGGGAAGCACAUGCUGACCCAAUAAAACAAAAAAGACAAAAUAUGUUUUAUUUUAUCCCAUUGCACAAUGUAAGUUUAGUAAUGAACACUCCCAAUGAAUUACCCAUCAUUCAUAUAAUGCUGUGUGAGUUCUACUUCUGGACUCAAUCAAAUCCACACACUUUUUAUUCGUGGAACUGGUCCAUAACAUGAACAACAUCCCUGUGAUGUGUUGUGCUUGGCGAAAAUGAAACAGUCAAUUGUGUUUUUACUUUAAUAAAACCAUAUAUUUUUUAAAGAUCUUUGUACACUUUGUUACAAAACUGUACUAAAAUUUUUAAAUCAGUUUUUGGUCAGAGAAUAUUUAAUCGUCUUGUGUGCAAUUACCAUGUAUUUACAAAGUCUCUUAUUAGUGAUCUCAAGAAAAAAGAAAAGAACCUCACAGACACUCUGAACAUAAGACAUGGCUUAAAGAUAAAUAUAUUAGUCAAUAAAUAUUCAGAGAACAUAUUUCCAUUUAUGAAAUGUGCUGCUAUACAGAUACAGAAAUAUACACAGAUCAAACUCUAACCUUUAACAUUUGUAAAAUGAUAAUGGAGAAAAUAAUUAUAUCUUUAAAAAAAUUAAAAAAUAUUAAUUUUUGUACACAUUUUCUUUUAUACAAUCUUAAGUGCUACAAACAAUACGAAAUAUUAAAUAGUGACUUAAGUACCCAGAAAAAAUGCUAUAUUUGCAGUACAUAUUUCUAUGCAAGGCAAGAGUAGAUUCUCAUGUUACGGCACUGUUUUAGUCUAUGUAUAAAUAAAGUUAUUUUAAAAUGACCGCCUGUGUAAGCUGUAUGGGUACAUUUCAUAGAAACAGUAUAAAAUACUCUGUAAAAACAGAAAGGCAUGAUGAUAUGAUGUAUGUGUAAAGCAUGAGUGCAAUGUGUAGUUAUUAAAGGUAAUUAUGCUGUUUUUGAUACAUAUAAAUAUAUAUAUACCACUGCAUUCCAAUCUCUUUAAACCAUUAUACUUUGGCGUCUUUCUGACAAACUGCUAGCUUUAAAAAAAAGAGCAACUUAGGGGUCAAACACUAGACAUCCUACAUCUCUAACCCUAGAGUAGUCAGGUUCUAAUUCAACCAGUGGUGUUUUGACUGUACCCUGGAGACAAACUAAACUUUGGUGUGAUAUACAUGUAGCUCAGUAGUCUCCAUUGACAAGUAU